AUGGACCUUAGUACAGCGCGGACUAGACUGCGUACAGAUGCUGACGUGGAGGGUGCCAACAUCGACCACAACAACUCCAUCACCAACCCCUGCUUGACACGUCACUCGCUGCUGCAGCGCGCGUAUCAGGAGGCGCCACCUGGCGCACUCGCCGAGCUCGGGCAGCCGCGAUUCGUCCAGCGCAGCGGAUACCGGCUGUCGGCCAAUGAAUUCGCAGCAAUCGGGAUGAGCCUGCGAGUGAUGAGGGAGAUCGCUGAGGAUGGGCUGGGCCACUGCUACUGGGUCGGGCGGGACGGGCGGCAUUUGACGGGCAGGCUGAGGGGAAUUUACCCUGGAGAGCACCAUUUAUUGAUGUAUGAGACGGCAAUAUACCACUGCAAACUUGCAGUGGAAAGCACGGGGAAUGGCGGCGGCACAGUCAUGGUUCAACUAGACCGCACAGAUGUGCCCAUCUACAGCGAGCCACCCGCACCAGCAUCAGCCCUCUCGUCCCUCCUCCCCACACACUCCCACUCGCAAGCACACCACACCACACACGCCGCUACACAUGCGAGCACUUCAGCCCACUCACCCGCCCAGACACACUCGUCUCUUCCGCACUCCAGUCCAAACAACGCCACCCAGUCGCACAGACAAGGCUACGGCUCGCAGCAUUGGGGCGGUAAAGGCGGGCCACGGUCUGAGUACGAGCUGGCGUUCUGCUCCUUCCCCAUGUACCGUGACCUCAACCCCUCAACACUGCAAGUGUGGCUGCAGGUGGCCUAUCAUUACCUCAAUGUGGACUACUUCGUGCUCAGCGAUGGGGGUUCUGUGGACAACACUAUAAUGAAGGUUCUAUCCCCGUUUGUAGAUGCCAACAUAAUGGAAAUAGUCGACAUUCGCGGCGCAUACGCAUUCGAGAACAAACAGAACGUGCUAACCCUAAAUGACUGCAUGUACCGCCUCCGCUCCGCCGCCCGCUGGGUACUAUUCAUGGACUUCGACGAGCUACUGUACAUCGCCCCGCCGCCCGCCCCGCCGCCCGAGCCAGAAGCAGACGAAGAGGGCGAUUACACGCCGUCCGGCCGCAAGCGGAGGAAAAAACGGAAAAGGCACGCCAAGCCGAAACCGGUGGACAUAGCUGCAGGGUCCCUGCACAACCUCCUUAUGCAGCAUAACGGGUCGGCUUUUAUCACGUUCGGGAGUGUGUGGUGGUCUGUGGAGUACUGUCGGCCGCCCACUCCCGCUCUCUCGCUCCCGAUUCAGCGGAUGCGGUUUCAUUGGCCACAUGUGUAUUGUGUGGGAGAGAAGGACAUGGGGUACUCGCCGAAUCACUGCCUCAACUUCUAUGGUCAUCGCAAGUUCCUGGUGGACCCACGACAAGUGUGGGCCGUGCAGGUGAGUGGGCCUGGUGCACUGUGCAGGCAAUGCCUUCUUCUCUCCCGCUCUCCUGCUCUUUCGCUCUCUCGCGCUCCCGAUUCAGCGGAUGCGGUUCCAUUGGCCGCAUGUGUUCUGUUGCGAGAUAAGGACAUGGCGUAUUCACCGACACACUGCCUCAACUUCUACGGUCAUCGCAAGUUCCUGGUUGAUCCACGACAAGUGUGGGCCGUGCAGUGCAGUGUGGGUCGUGCAGAUGAGACUGGUGCAGGUGCAUCGCCCCAUAGAACCACUGGAGGGCGGCGUGCAUUGGUGAAUCAUCACAAGCGGUACCCAUGCCCCCCAUCUGCCUGCCUCCCCAUGUCUCCCAUCUGCCCUCCCUGA